AUUUAAUUUCAUUUCCCUAUCAUCAUGAUUAUUGUCUUUAACUUUAUACUAUAGUUUAAAAGUCUUCAUCGAUUAAUAAUAAAACGCAUUACGAGUAUUUACGAGCGUAAGGAUGUUAGUUUGUGUUUGCCUUAAGUUUAUUUUCUAAUUGUACAUUUGAAAUAAUUUAUGAAUCCAGUUUUGGCCAAGUAGUUUCACUUUUUAUUUAUGUAAUCUAACCAGUGUCCACAUACUAAACCUUGUCCAGUUUUAUUUUUAAUAAAAUUUGAAUCUCUAUGUGAAAUACUUUUGUGUGCAUCCAGUAAAAAAAAAAUGUUUUACUAUAAGGGAUUAAUGAUCUGUGUGCCUUUGUAUAUUGCUGGGACACUCAUACUUGGUACUACAAUAUCGGUGGCAAUAUUAGUGUUCCAUAUUGUUAUGGUGCCUAUGCUGUUUAGAUAUUCAAAGACAUUUAGACGUAACCUGGUAUUUUUAAACUUUGUACAAUGGCCUUUACACACAGACUUCGAAGAGCCUUCGUCCAGUGGGAUCGAUGGUGGUCGAAAUUUCACUAUCGAAUACCAUUCGAAAGUGGAUAAUUGUCCUAUUAGAAUUGGAAUAUGGCACAUCUUACCAAAAUCAGUGUACGAGAGACAUAGGAAUAAGUUUGAAGCAAAUACAGACAAAGAACAAUUGAACAAACUGAUGGAUGAAGAGCUGGUCAAUUCCAAGACACCAAUCAUGCUGUACUGUCAUGGUAACUCAAAUUCACGCGCCACGACACACAGACUUGAGCUGUACAAGUUCUUCCAGAGAAUGGAGUAUCACACUAUUGCAUUUGACUAUAGAGGUUACGGCGACUCGACAAAAGUGAAACCUUCAGAGAACGGAGUGGUGGAGGAUGCACUUGUUGUCUACGAGUGGUUGAACUCAACGGUGGAUAAGGGAAGCACCAAACCUGAUAUAUUUGUAUGGGGACACUCUUUAGGUACCGGUAUAUCUUCACACAUGCUGGGCGCACUGGAGCGGCUAUCAAGCACUCUACUGGAGCGGCAUACCUCGCUGCCUCUGCCCAAAGGUCUAAUACUCGAAGCACCCUUCAACAACCUGGCUGACGAAGUCAAAUAUCACCCGCUUGGAAAGCUGGUGCGCUGGCUGCCGUACCACGAGGCCACGUUCCUGGCGCCGUUCCGCUCGGCGGCCGAGCCCACGUUCCGCUCGGACGAGCACCUGCGCCGCGCGCGCGCGCUGCCCGUGCUCAUCCUGCACGCGCGCGACGACCGCGUCGUGCCCUUCGUCGUCGGCUGGAAGCUAUACAAAUCUAUACUGGCAUCUCGCUCUGAGGGCGGGGCGACCGUGAAAUUGCAUGAGUACGAUAAAAAGGAAAACCUUGGCCAUAUAUGGAUAUGUCAUGCUGAUGAUCUAUCAGAAGUGGUAGGGGAAUUCGUUGACGGUCAUCGAUGAAUCAGUUGGGAAACAACGCAGUUUCGGAAGCAAUUCGUGACCCUUAGUCAUGAGAGACUGUGACGUGUACGUUCGCUAGUUAUUGCAUUAAAAUUAUGUAUUUGUUUGUAAAUUAGUAGAAUUAUGGUCCAUGAGACGUUGAGCUACUUGGCAAGCUAAGGGGUCGCUCACACUGCUUUACAUUUUAGAUUAAUUGAUAUAAAGAUCAAUAAAAUAUGGUAAUAGAUUUUAUUAUUUGUACAUUAUGUACUUAAAAAGUUUAAUAUCGCACUCAACUGGAAGCGUUUCAAAAAUGUGAUUCCUUAACAAGUGAAAAUACGAUAGAUACAUUUUCGCUAGUGCACUCACGAGUAAAAACAGAACGCUGGACGUUGAUUUCUAUUUUCAUCACAAGCACAUUGUAGCGAUGAUGUGUCUAUUGAUAAUUUGCCAUUUGUGUAGAAUCUUGAGCAUUUACUGAAGUAACAAAAGGACAGGACGCUGGACGUUGAUGUCUUUUUUAUUUUUAUUUAUUUAUUUAUUUAUUUAACUCUUUAUUGCACCAUAAAUAAAAAUAUACAAUGACAAGUGAAUAAUUCAAGUGAAAUACAGUAACAUAAAUACAAAAUGAAAUAUACACUUGAAUAAAAAUAUACACUUGAAUAUACACUUGAAAAAAAAUGAAAUAUACACAUGAAAUAUAUAUAUAUAUAUAUAUAUAUAUAUAUAUAUAUAUAUAUAUAUAUAUAUAUAUAUAUAUAUAUAUAUAUAUAUAUAUAUAUAUAUAUAUAUAUAUAUCAAAUAAUAAUAUAUAUCAAACGAUACCGAUAUUACCCAUGCCUAGUAGAAAGGUUACAUCUUGUACAUGAGUUUAAUAUUUACAUGUAUUUAUUUAAUUUUAUUAACUUUAAAAUUGACAUUGAAAUCGUAUUGAAAACUCAACCGCUCCCCUAGCGGAUCGUGUCAGAAACUUACACAAGUUUUAAACAAUGUUGCCAACUCAAUGUCGAAUCGGGCUAAAUUGUAUUUAAAAAGAGCUAAGUUGGCAACACUGAACGUAGACGUUAUUGCAAAUACGUAAAUCAGAGCUAAAUUCACAUUGAAAUCCAGAUAAUUAUUCAAUAAGUUAUAAGAAGAGGAAAAAUGUUUAGACGUAACAGUAUGUAGGUACUUGCAAAUGUCUCUGUGUGUGUAUGUGUUAUGAACACUUUUUUUUAUUACAACCGUUAUUUUAUUUGAUGGCUAGUAAAUUUAGAAUUUAAUUUAUUUAUUUAUUAUGUAUUUCUAUGACAUUUUUUAUAUGAUGUCAUAGUUGGUGAUAUCGCAAUCACAAGCAUGAUUAUUAUAAGGGGGUAAAUACAUAUAAUUAUGUAUAUUUGAAGUCACAAAUCUUUUUUUUUUUAUUUAUUUAUUGUUACAAUUUAAAACAUUUAUUUAGAUUAUAAGACUGAUACCAUGAAAUGGUAUCUAUAUUUUAAUCGUGUAUAAUUAAGCAAUAUCAGAAUUAAUAUCCACUUAAGUGUUCCUUAACUGGGUCUUAAAGUCCCAGUUGAAAAAAUUAAGUCACAGUUUACAGAGUCAAACCUCAUCAACAGAAUCAAAAGGCAGUUAACAAAGUUAAGUCCCAGUUAAACAAAAUUAAGAUUCAGUUAACAUACUCUUCAUUAAAACUCAGUUAACAAAUUUAAGUCCUUGUUUAAAAAUUUAAGUCCCAGUUAUUAAAUUAAGAUCCAGAUAAUAUAUUCUUAAUUAAAACUCAGUUAAAAAAUUUAAGUCCUUGUUUAAAAAUUUAAGUCCCAGUUUAUAAAUUUAAGUACCAGUUAACAAAAUUGAGAUCCAGUUAAUAUACUCUUAAUUAAGACUCAGUUAACAAAAUUAAGUCCCAGUUAACAAAAUUAAGUCUCAGUUAACAAAAUUAAGUCCUAGUUAACAAAUUUAAGUACCAGUUAACAAAAUUAAGAUUCAGUUAAUAUACUCUUAAUAAUGGCUCAGCUAACAAAAGUAAGUCCCAGUUAAUUAUAAUUAAGACUCAGUUAAUAAAAUUAAAACUAACCGGUUCUUGAUUUUGUUAAGUGACAAUGUUAAGAUCCAUUUGACAUAAUAAACAACCGGUUAUAAAAUUAAGCCUUAUUUAACAGAAUCGAGAUGCCUUAAUGGUGGCCAUUUUAUAUGCAAGACAAGUGACAAGUACAUGUGUAAACUUUAAAACUGCACAACUGUGAUUUUCGAGGGACCCCUAGCGUAUUGUGAUAAUAUAUGUUGCUUUUUAUAUUUUUUAUUUAUUUUAUUUUUUAAAAUGUAGUUAAUAAAUAUUUUAUAUUAUAUAAA